AAAAAACCUUAUUCAAUGCCAUCCCCAUUCAGGGAAGGGGAGAGAAGCAGAGGAGCAGCAGCCAAUAGCCGCCCACGGAGACAGCCAGAGCCAGAGCCAGAGAGGAAGGCUGGAAUUCGAGAGAUCGGAGGGAGGAGGAUGAUGGAGCGGCAGGGCGAGGCGUGGUGCUCGUGCUCGCCGAGGCAGUGCAGGAUUUGCCACGAGGAGGAAGGGGACGACGGCUGCGCAACCGCCAUGGAGUCUCCCUGCGGAUGCUCUGGCUCCCUCAAGUAUGCUCACAGGGGGUGCGUGCAGAGAUGGUGCGACGAGAAGGGGAGCACCGUCUGCGAGAUUUGCCUCCAGAAUUACGAGCCUGGAUACACCGUUGCUCCCAAGAAAACUCAAGUUGCUCAUGUCGCAGUCACCAUCAGAGGGAGCCUGGAGGUCCCAAGGCAGGAUUAUGAGGCACCGGAGGAUGCCCCGUUGAUCGGGCUCGACGCGGCGGCGGGCGACCCGGCCUACGCCGAGUGCGCGAGCGCCGCCGGCAGAAGUGCUGCAUGGUGCCGGUCGGUGACGGUGACGUUCACUGUUGUGUUGCUGCUGAGGCAUCUCAUCGCCCUGGUGACCGUCGGCGCCGCGAAUCAAUACGCUUUCAGCCUGCUGACGAUAUACUUGCUGAGGGCGAGUGGGAUCUUGCUGCCGUUCUACGUCCUCAUGCGGCUCAUCUCCGCGGUGCAGCACGGUCAGAUGCAGUACCGGCUGCAGAUGCUCCAGGAGCAAAGAAGGAACGCAUCAAGAAUGCACAGGGUGCCCGGUCAGGGACGACAGCAGCAUGUGAUUCUUGUUGUCUGAGGAAAACAGUGAAGUGGAUGUUGUCCUCUAGAAUAGUCUUAAAUGUAUUAUUAUUGAUGUUGAUCAGGGAGCAAUUAGGAAAAAAGAAAAGAGAAAGGAACAUUGUUCAUAAGCUUUCCGGUGUGUAUGUGCACAUAUAUUUCUUCAGUGAUGAAUGAAUCAACAACUCCAAA